ACCACUUAAUUUUGCUUCCGCCCCGCGCGCCAGACCCAGACCGCUCCGCAGGCAGAAUCCCUAGCCAAUUUCUCUUCCGCCGCCCCUCCUCUCCGGCCUAGAUCCCGGCCAACUCCGGCGACCCAGGCUCUCCCUUGGCUUUCCCAAGAAACCAAGGCUCGCCGUCGAAUCGCAUCCGCACAGACCAGCGACCGAGGGAAAACUGCAGCGGUGGCGGCGGAGUUCAUCGCCUCCAACCCCGUCUACGGCCCCCAGGUACCUUGGCGAUCCCUCAGAUCUCACGCAGAACCCUCCUCCCCGUCCUCCUCCUCCUCGCCGCCGCGGCGCUCUCACCGGCCGCCGCCGAUGGAGACGAGGUGCUGGCCCUCACGGAGUCAACCUUCGAGAAGGAGGUCGGCCAGGACCGCGGCGCGCUCGUCGAGUUCUACGCUCCCUGGUGUGGACACUGCAAGAAGCUUGCCUCCUGCGCCUCCACAUCCGCCGUCUUCCCCACGAGAACGCAGAUCCGCCUCGGUGAGAAUCCGUCGCCAUGUCGUCCAGCGAGGUCGCCUGCACCCUUGCCGCCCUCAUCCUCCACGAUGACGGGAUCUCCAUCACAUCUGAGAAGAUCGCCACCGUCGUGAAGGCUGCCGGCAUCAAGGUUGAGGCCUACUGGCCCGCGCUCUUCGCCAAGCUCCUCCAGACCCGCAGCGUCGACGACCUGAUCCUCUCCGUCGGAUCUGGUGUCCAGCUUGCGGAAACUACAAGGUAUAGAGCCUAUUGCAGUGGACUGUAUCAUAUAAUGAUCUGAAAUGCUACUGUUGCUAAUCUUGAAAUGCUACUGUUGCUAAUCUUGAUUUCUAUAUAUAUAUGCAAAACAUUUGCAAUGUUACUAGCAUAGGUCUACAGAACAUUCCAUUGUUUCUAUAUACGAUGUAAUAUAUCUACAGCACUGGGUAGUAUGCAUGUAUGGGAAUAUUACAGGCCAUUAUCUGGUAUCUAGGGAAGCUAUUUCCUUUAGUGGCUGUGAUGGUCACCAGAUAUAUCAUCAGUAAGUUCUAAUCUGAUUCAUUUUCUUGUAAUAAUAGUUGGUAUUAUAAUCAAUAUUUGAUAUUCUUCUGCAACUAUCUCUUUUUCUACAGUACUUGUUCUCCCAAGUUUUAUUUGGCUCAAGUCUCAUGUGUGUACAUAUUAUACAUCAUGCUGUAAUUAUUUCAUGCUAAUAUUUAAUUGGUCCUUACUGUACUUGGUUUUACCUGCAGUAGCAUCCUUGAAGCUUGGUAACACCUACCUCGCUUGGUUGUUCUUGCAUACCUGGUGGAGUGUGUGCUGCAACUGAAGCCAUGGCACAAGAUUCUCAGUGUUGUGCUCACAGGGAGAACAUGUUGCUGUGUCGUUGGUGGAGCGGAGAGAUCCUGAUGAUGCAGCAUUAAGAAGGCGACCUGGAGAUUGGGUUAGUUAUGACAGCCGAGUCAGGCAGUCUGGAAUGGCAUGCUUUGGUUCUUAUGAUUUGACUCAAUAGAUGUUGCGUGCUGUAAUAGUCUUGCCGGUUUGUUUUCAUUAUCCUUUGGAUUCAGCUGCAGCCUCGUCAUUCCUGUAUGUGUUUUUUGGAAAAAAUACUGGAAUAGACUUCAUGUAUUCAUCUUUUGGCGUCUAAAUAUUAUCAGAUCGUGUGAAAUAAAUGCUGACAAGUGGGACCAAUGGGAAA